AUGGACCUCGACGGUCCCAACACGACAUCCAACACGACUCUCGGCGCCCUGCCAUCACUCCUGUUGAACCAGUCUUUCCCCGGUUACAGCCUCCUCUCACAGCUACUCCAGCGCCACCUCGGCGUCGACGUGAGUGUGAUACUCCCCACCCUCUUCGGCUUCUGGGCCCUAUUCUACAGCGGUCGUGCAGUUUACAUGUAUCUGUACGACUACGUUCUAGUCUACUUUGUCUCGACUCUGCAUAUUGAAAGGGCCGACAAUCUCUACGAUAGCACCAUGGAUUGGGUUUCAGCACACAACAUGACUGCGACGUCUCGCGACAUCAUCGCGGGUACCGACGCGCGUGGCUACGACUCAGACAACGACGACGACGAAGACAUCAUCGACAAUGGCACUGGCAUCUUCAACUACUCCAAAUGGUCCCGCACUGUGCCGCCGCAUUACGUGCCUUACUACGGUAACUUGACUUUCCGACACAACGGCCGCUGGUUCAUGUUGACGCACACGCGUGGCGACGCCAUCCCCACCCGUUACGGUGGUGCCAUGCGCGAGGAGAACCUGACGAUUCGUUGUCUGGGGCGGAGCAUGCAGCCGCUCAAGGACCUCUUGUGCAACAUCAAGGUCUGGGAUUCUGAGAAGGAGGUUUGUGUUACGGCUGUUUGGCGGCCGGCGCCUAGGGAUACCCAGGAGCGUCGCUGGGAGCGCUCUGUUUCUCGCAUGGCCCGCCCGAUUAGCACUGUGUCGCUUGAUUUGGAGCAGAAGGUUAAUCUUGUUCGCGAUAUCAAUGAGUAUCUGCAGCCGGUUACGGCGCGUGGUAUUCCUCAUCGUCGCGGUUACCUCUUCCAUGGCCCUCCUGGUACGGGUAAGACUUCGCUCUCGUUUGCCCUGGCUGGCAUCUUAGGGCUGAAUGUGCAUUGCAUCUCGCUCAAUGAACGUGGUCUUACUGAGUUGUGUCUCAAUCAGCUGUUCAAGGACCUGCCUCGUCGCUGCAUUGUGCUGCUGGAGGACAUCGAUCCCGCUGGAUUGCGCCGCGAGGAGCUCGACUCCAACUCAGACCCUAGUCCCGCUGGCCCUGAUGAUGCUGAGGAUUCUGUUGACUCUGGUCCUGAUGGUCCUUACGGUCCUGCCGCCACUGAGGUCAAGGAUAGCAGCAAGAAGAAGAAUCCGGACGAAGACUUUCUCAAGCUCGUCACUGCUGUCCUUCCCAAGGUCGAUACUUUCUCACCUGAGCGCAUCGCGGACAUGGCUGAGCGUUUUGCGGAACAGCUGCCCGAGGACACGUUCUCACCGGCAGAGGUCCAGGGCUACUUGCUCAAGAAGAAGCGCGAUCCCGUGCAGGCGCUUGAGGAGGUGUGCAAGUGGCGCGACAGCGUUCUGGAGGCAAAGAAGAAGGGGACGAAGGUUGUUUCUGAGAAGUAA